AUGAAAAGUCAUAGAAUCCAGCCACUCCCUCCCCAAGUGGCUGCACAGAUAAAAUCAUCCACUUCUAUCACCAACCUCAACGGAGUGAUUGUGGAAUUAGUCAAGAAUUCCUUGGAUGCAAACGCCUGUACCAUCUUCGUCACUGUUGACUACCGACGCGGAGGGUGUGUUGUAGAGGAUGACGGGGAUGGAAUUCUGCGAGCGGAAUUUGAGCCCGAUGGAGGGCUAGGCGGAGCUCAUCACACUUCAAAGCUUCAUGCGGACACCCCUAUUUAUGGUAAAAGAGGCCUUUUUUUAGCUUCCCUAUCGUCUCUUGCGGUAUUGACUAUAACAUCGCAUCAUGCUAGUCAGCCGUGUACAAAUACCGUGAUAUUCCACCACUCAACGCCCAUUGCCCGGCUCACUCCAGCUCCGGUACAUCAAGAGCUGAGAUUUAGUGACCAUGGAACAAGGGUUACUGUGAAUGACCUUUUUGGAAAUAUGCCAGUCCGUGUGAAAUAUCGGGCACUCAGUAUGCAAAAACCGGACGAAUUAGCCCGCCAGUGGGACGACUUGCGACAUUUGUUAAUCUCCUUUAUGAUCCCAAAUGACCGUCUCCUAAAGCUGGUGAUCUCAGACAUUGAUAAUGAACGAAGGCUGACAAUCCGUCCUCGGAAAAAAGGCCCACAAGCGGGCAAUGAGUUGGACCUUGUUCGUCUUGGCUCAAUUCUCUCACAGGCAGGACUAGCCGAUUUCCAAAGUAAUAAUGGCUGGUAUUUCGUAUCGGCAUGCGUCCCACAGGUUUCAAUCCAGGCUGCUCUGUCCCUCGUGCCGAGCCCCUCCAAAAAGAUCCAGUUUAUUUCCUUGGGAAUUGAUCCCAUUUUCCCACGGAACCAUGCCAAUAUGUUGUUUAGCGAAGUCAACCGCUUAUUUGAUUUGUCUGACUUUGGGACUGCUGGCUGCUCAUCUUUCGGGACUGACAAUGCGCCUUUGAGUCUCCAAAUUGACAGACACGGCCUCCAUACUAAGCCCAUCCCUAAGACGGUUAAUAAGUGGCCUAUGUUUUAUAUACGUAUUGACGCAAACGGCGCCCCAAUCAGUAGCGAUGACCAGGACAUACCGGAAUCAGAUAAAUCCCUUCAACGUAUUAUAGAUGUUGUUACAGUCAUGAUCAAUGAGUUCUUGAAGGAGCACAAUAUGCGCCCACGCGGUGGAAAGAGGAAACGAAAAUGUCCCACCGAUGAGGGCGAUCGUCAUCCCAGCAAAUCUGAGACUGAUAAGGCAGCGCGUGUAGAAGAAACCCUCGGAAAACAGCUGAGGCUCCCUUUAUUUUCACGGCCAAAGAUCAGUCCUCACUUUGGGAACUGGUCUCGAAUUAAGGGCGCCAGCAGUCGUUCCAGCCGUUUCCUUCUCCCCGCUACGCAAAUACCCGGCUUGUUCCAGGCUUCACCCGAUGGACCAAAUAAUGUCCCUUCCAAACCGACCUCAGAAGCUAAUGGAAUUUUUGAUUCCACCGUUGGCGAUUCGAAUUCUGGGGUGUUUCAAGCGCCAGACGCUGUCGAGUCCCAGGGUAGCAAGACGGAUAAGUCAGAAACAGACAUAGUAAUUCCUUGGAUCGACCCGUACUCUGGGGUCAGUUACUUGGUCAACUCUCGGACUGGCCAGUCCAUCAAUGUUCAAUCACCGGUGGCCGUUGCCCUUACUUCGCGACCCCGGUCAACUGGGUCUUUUGGUGUUACGCGAGUUUUGGAUAGCCUCAAACGGCCAGCAUCCGUUCCUCUCAGUCGGCCACCGAGUAAUUGGGUCGAAAAUCUUUUGGAUGGUUGGGAGAAUCCCACUUUCGCCCGUUGUGAGCAGCCUAUAAAUGCCCUCGAAUUCAAUGCAGGACAUGACGGCAGCCUAGAUGCCCAAGCACACUACAACUCUGAAAAGCCAUGCGGAUUGGAAAGUUUUGGAGUAUCGAAGUUUCGUGGAAAACUGCGGAAGCAGGAUCUAGAUACCGCCGAGAUAAUUGGACAGGUUGAUCGAAAGUUCAUUUUGGCGAGGGUGACAACAUCCAGGGGUUCUGAUGGUGAUACACCAACUCUGGUCCUCAUCGACCAGCAUGCAGCGGAUGAACGAUGUCGGGUCGAAAGGCUAUUUGAAGAGUUGUUUCAGAUAAGCGGUGACUUGUUAUGCGUACAGACUAUUCAGGUGGACCCGAUUGUAUUCGACAUUCCCGCUACGGAGGCCUUAAUAUUCAAGGAGCGUCUGGAUUUCUUCAAGUCCUGGGGUAUUGAGUAUGCCGUGCAGUCAAGCUUGUCAAGCAGGAAUGCUACCGUGUCAGUCUUACGGCUUCCUACAUUGAUUGCAGAGCGCUGCAGAGUCGAGGCAGAUUUGGCUAUGAACGUUAUUCGGGGGGAAAUUUGGAGGCAGGAAGGGCGCAAUAGCACACGGCCGCAGACACCUCCCGGGCCGGGACAAUCCCAAAAACACGACAGUUGGGUUGGACGAUUAGCUGGUUGCCCUCGGGGAAUUCUAGACUUGCUAAACUCUCGGGCCUGUCGGACGGCGAUUAUGUUCAACGAUGUGCUGAGCAUUGAAGAAUGUCAGAAUUUGGUGAGACAGUUAUCUCGCUGUGUUUUCCCUUUUCAAUGUGCCCAUGGCCGACCCUCAAUGGUACCCGUUCUAGAUUUGCCUGGCGCUCUAGACGCAGGCCAGCGAGAUGAGUAUAUCAACAUAAACAAGCAGGGAGUGGGAUAUACUGAGGCAUUCCAACGAUGGCAACUCUAG